AUGCCUUACGAUCAGAACUCUCCGUAUUCGCACCGCGCAAAUGAAAGCCAGAUGUCCUACCACCAUGGCUAUGACACAAGCGUUGGCUCUAUAUACGCACCAAUGUCUGGAGAACUGAAUCAUCAGCCGUACAGCACCCCCGACACGUCACCACCUACGCCUUCACGGGCGUCGGAUGUGUUGACCACACGCAGUGGACUCAACAUUCACAAAGGAUCAUCGACGAUCAAACCGCUCGCGGCUCGAGCAAACCGUAUCGAAAAGUCGACGCCUAAAAAGAAGAAGGAGAGAGCUAAGUCGUCCAAAAAGGUUGACGGCGUGACAAAACCUCUGAGCGAGUUGGCCAAGGAACAACCUCACAUUCCAGUGGCAGACAUUGGUGCCUACGUCCAGCGGUCUGCAGAGGCACGGAUGAAGGAGGUCGAAGAGAGCAAAACUCCUGGCAGAAUCAAGCGGCCGAUGAACGCCUUCAUGUUGUACCGCAAGGCUUACCAGAACCUUGCCAAGGGUCUCUGUACACAAAACAACCACCAAGUGGUGUCGCAGGUUUGUGGCAGCGGUUGGCCCCUAGAGCCAGAACAUGUGCGUGACCAGUUCAAUGAAUGGGCCAAGGAAGAGCGAGCAAACCACCAGAAAGCACACCCGGGGUAUAAGUUUACGCCGUCGAAGCCGAGACCCAAGGCAAGGGAGGAAGAGGAAUCCGAACAUGGUGAUUUGGACGACCUAGAAUGGGGCCAUAGUCGAGCGAGCUCAAGAAGCAGGCAGUUGAGGAAGCCCACGCACGGCAGAAACGAGGCACCGGCAUCCAUCUUCCACAACUACCCAUCACUCCAGACAAGCCCCAUGGGCCUCGGCGUGCAGACGCAGUCCAUGUACCACUACAGCAACCCGGGGAAGCCCUUGCCGGCUCCGUAUAGCCAAAACGGCCUUGGAGGUGGUCAGUAUUACCAACAGAGCGUUCAUCAGCGACAGGACGCAACCGGCUUCGUUGAGGACGUGCUCAUCCGUAAAACGCCGUCGCCGGCGAUGGGGUAUGCGGCUCCGUCGAUGGACAACCGUUACGACGGCAUGGGUCAGUAUGGUCCCAUGUCGCAUCACGACGGCUUCGAGCCGAUGAUUGACCCAGGCUUGAUGGGACAUGGAGGUCAUCCGUACGGGGAUCCAUACGGCGAUCCCAUGUUGGAGCCCAGAUGGACUAACCCACUCGGUUUCGGCGACGGAAGACACGAUCUUCUCGACGGCUUGUCGGGAUACGACGAGGGCCUCAUGCACGAUCCCCAGCUUCAGAUCCUGAGGGGGCAAGAAAGCAGCUGGAGGGUAGAGGAACUUGAGGGCAGCCACUUCAACAAUUGGAUAGACCCAGAGUGA